CGUGUGUGUAUGUGUAUAUGUAAGGGAAAGAGUGAGAGAGACAACUGUGCACAGCAAAGGUCAUCCAUCUACUGAGUUAGAGUAGUAUAUAUAUAUAAAUACAUAUACGCAUAUGCGCAUAGUUAGUGAAUACAUAAAUGAUUCAAAGAAGAAUGAGUGGGUUUCAAUGUAUAGACAAUCAGAAUUUGGAUUCUUGAAUAAUAUAUCUAUCUACUGAUAUCAGUAAUCAGUAGUAGUGGUACUACUGUUGCUAAUAAUAGAAAUUCGUGGUGUUUCAGUCAACUGCAUUACACAAAAGGAUUAUUAUUAUUAUUCAUAUUCUUGAUCAUAUUUGAAACAGACAAUCAAAAUAAUAAUAAUAAUAAAUAAACAAAUAAUAUCAAUAUCACAAAUAACAAGUCUAUUUGAUAAAGGAUUUUAAAUAUGUCGUCUACCCUGAAAUCUGGUUUUAUGGACAUGGAUGAUUAUGAUUUUCGACCUGUAAGAUAUACACGGAGCUGGGUGAUUGCUGGUUUCAUAAUCUUGGCCAUAGCAAUUGCUUUAGCAGCUGCAUCUAUAGCUCUGCCAACAUUUCUACUGGUAAAUCCUACAGUUUUUGAUGCAGCAAAUGCUGAUUUAAACAAGGCUAGAAGUUUUGGUUAUACGCAAGUGUGUUUUACUUCAGAUAAUGCAUGUCAGUAUCGCAAUCCAAAUAUAGUGAAUGAUGAAUAUUCAAGUCUAAUGACAAAUUUACGUCUUGCUGAAUUGGCUAUGCAUGCAAUUGGAAUAAUUAUAAUGUGUAUAUGCUUUAUUGCUGCACUCGCGCUAAUCAUUGUCUGGUAUAAAAAAGAGACUGACAACAGAUGCUUUCAAAUUUGGCGGUUACUUAUUGGUAUAUUUUUAAUGUUAGCUGGAUUCUGUUUACAAAGUGCAAUAAUCAUGUUUCAUGUUGAACAGCUCCAAGACAAAUAUGGUAAAUCAUCGGGUUAUCCAUAUGGAUUCAAUCAAUGGUCGGAGAAUCAACGUACUACAACAUCUAUAUCCUAUGGUUCUGCAUACAUUCUUUUAUGGCUUGCAACUCUUUUGUGCUUUAUAUCAGCGUGGAUAUUUUUAGGCACAUAUUGUUGUUGGUCAGCAGAUAACGUGGAUGACGAUAUUGAUGAUUAUAAACCAUCUUUACCAAGAUUUUCCACUGAUUCUGACAGUAUGAGUAGACCAGGCACUGAAUCAUCAAUUAUUUAUCGAGACAAUUAAUUAAUUAAUUAAUUGACUAACAAUCAGGAGAAUCCGUCGACAACAGAAAGAUUCCUUCUGCAAUCUUUACUAAUAUAUAUAUAUAUAUAAGUUACAUCCAUUUUACACAUUAUUCAACACACUAUUUUUCAAAAAAACAAUAUUUUGUUCCCUGUUUGUUUGUUUUUUUAAAAAUGUUUUACAAAAGAAAAUAAUGCAAGUGUGUCUGUAAGCCUACUUCCCCUUUCCUGCGUCCCUUCUCCUCCUCUUCCCCCUGCCUACAUCAAUUCUUCCGAGUAUAUAUACAUACAUAUAUAUACACGUGAAUAAUAGUUCCGUGAAUGAAACCAAACUAUCCUAUACCUCGGUCUUCGAUAUUUACCUCAAGACAAAUAAAGGAACUAUAGAAAUUAUCUCAGGUAACCAAGCAAUUAAUUAAUUAAUUAACUGACUAACUAACUAACUAACUAACAAUAAUUCAUUUACUUAUCUAUUUGUUUAUUAUAAUUAAUUAUUGGUAUAUAUACAUAUAUAUAUAUGCAUGCUUGCGGCUAACUUAGACAUGUUACAUACAAUGCACAAAUUAAUACUGUUAAUAAAGUAAAAAUAAAAGUUGUUUU